UACAUUUGUUUUGUAGCUCCGCUUUAAUGUUUGAAGGGGAAAACUUUCCGUGUUAUUAUUGUAUUUACUUCAUCGCUUAACUGCAGUGAUCUUCAUCAAGUAGUAAAAUGACUCUGGACUCUGAACUGGAUCGUUUGAACACUUUCAUGACCGAGCGCUUGAUAGAUGCUGUGAAGGAGAUCAUCCUCACUGUCGGCAGGACGGUGCGCGAUUAUAAAGAGGAAACGGAGCGAGUCCGAAGCGAAAAUAAACGGCUAAAAGAAAUGUUACGGGACUCAGGAUGCUUCCCUGAACAAACAGGUGCUGCUCUUCAGGCUUGUCAGCCUGUUUCUCCUGGGCAACCCACUUGGAUUCCAAGCCAGAAAAAGGAUCCAGAAUCCCUCAAAGAGAUCCAACAGAACCAGAGACAGAGCGCACAAUGCCCGCACAUUAAACUAGAAGAGUCUGUUUACUCUGACGACACUUGGCAAGAACCUGCAGACUCACCAUCAAACGUCAACAACAACAGGGAUUCACUCUUAUGUGUGUCUGAGACAAAUCCUGCUGAUGAUGAAGUAACAGACUUGCCAACCAAAAUCAAAGAUGAAUUCCAAAACCCAAACUUUUCAGGCAAUGAGGAUGAAUUUCAGAGUUGGUCACCACAUGAUCUAGACCUCCCUUUAAGCACAGCAAACCUCUCCAGAUCACAACACCAAUAUCAACCUACAUACACUACCAAUAAAUCUCCUUCCACUUUAUUGAAGCAUAGCAGUUUAUCUAGUAAUGUCCAUCAGAUUUCAAAUCACAAUAUAUUAUGUACCAAUACCUGCAAAUGUCACAGUAAAUGCUGUGAAUUGCAAAAGAAGAGAAUAGCCAAAUUGAGCCCCGUAUGGAAGUAUUUCUCUUUAAAAGAUGGAGACUGUAGCAAAGCAGUGUGCCUUAUGUGUAAAACCGUCAUAUCCCGUGGUCGCAAAGAGUACACCACGACAGCCCUCCUAAGGCACAUUCGCGUAAAACAUGGUAAAUGUUGACAUUAUCAUUUGUCAUCUAAGAAUUUAUUUGCAAUGUAUUCCUAAGGUUUUGGAAGUCCUUCCAAAGGUUUUGAUAACUCCCAAAUUCUGAAUCCACAAAUGCCUCACAAAAAACUGAUGUUGGGAUGGCUUCAAGUGUCAGGAAAAAUUAUGUGAAACGAGAUUAGCUGAUCAGGCACCUCUGUCGAAGCACAUGCAAGAUCAGGCUGAGAUGAACAAUGACACUAGCGAUGAUGGACCAAAUACGGGAUCACUGAGCAACCUGACAGAAUUCUUCGCUCCAUUUGACUCGAGACGGCCUGAAAACUUGAGACACCUCAAGAUCUCAAGAUCAUGUUCGCUGUUGCCUCUAUCAAAGAGGGAGUUUGCCUGAUGUAACUUUAAAUCACAUAUCUAUGGAGAAACAGCAACAACUUUAUGAAAUGUCAGCCCAACGAGAUGGAAGAGCAAGGCCCGGUCGCUUUGCUGUGCUUUUGUUUAAAAGCUUGAUUCCACUUGAAAUUCAUCACAAGUGGUCAGGCUCUGUCAACUUCGAUGGAUCCAGUGGGAAAUAUGCGCUGCCUAACAACGUGAAGAAAACUCAUUGUACAAACUCGAUCUUCAUCAAGUAGUAAAAUGACCCUGGACUCUGAACUGGAUCGUUUGAACACUUUCAUGACCGAGCGCUUGAUGGAGGCUGUGAAGGAGAUCAUCCUCACUGUCAGCAGGACGGUGCGCGAGUACGAAGAGGAAACGGAGCGAGUCCGAAGCGAAAAUAUAUGGCUAAAAGAAAUGUUACGGGACUCGGGAUACUUCGCUGAACAAACAAAUGCAGCUCUUCAGUCCUGUCAGUCUGUUUCUCCUGGACAGCCCACUUGGAUUUCCAGCCAGAAUGAGGAUCCAGAAUCCCUUAAAGAGAUCCAACAGAACCAGAGACAGAGCGAACAAUACUCUCACAUUAAACUAGAAGAGUCUGUUUACUUUGACGACACUUGGCAAGAACCUGCAGACUCACCAUCAAACGUCAACAACAACACGGAUUCAAUCGUGUGUGUGUCUGAUGAUGAUGAUGAAGUGUUAGACUUCCCAACCAAUAUCAAAGUUGAACACACAUCCCCUAACUGUUCAGCUGAAGAUAUAGGGGACACUGAGGAUGAAUAUCAGAGUUGGUCACCACAUAGUCCAGACCUCUCUUUAGGCACAGCGGACCUCUCCAGAUCACAACACCUAGAUCAACCUACAUGCACAACCAAUGAAGCUUCUUCCAGUUUAUUAAAGAAUAGCAGUUUAUCUAUUAAUGUCCGUCACAUUUCAGAUCACAAUAUUUUCUGUACCAGUAGUUCCAAAUGUAAAAGUAAAUGCUGUGAAUUGCAAAAGAAAGCAACACCCAAAACGAGCCCCGUAUGGAGGUAUUUCUCUUUAAAAGAGGGAGACUGUAGCAAAGCAGUGUGCCUUGUGUGCAAGGCCGUCCUAUCCCGUGGCCACAAAGAGUACACCACGUCACCCCUACUAACGCACCUUCGCAUAAAACAUGUGCUACAAAAUGGAAGACCAAGGCCAUGUUGCUUAGCUGUGCUUUUGUUUAAAAGCUUGAUACCACUUGACAUUUAUCAAAAGUGCGAAGGCUCUGUCAACUUCUAUGGAUCCAGGGGAAAUUUGCUAAGGAUGUAUCAGAUGUUGUUAAGGAGGACGCUGGAGAAACCACUGCAUUCACAAAUCAAGAUACAGAAACAAGAGACUUCAAAGUUUGAGAAGAAGCAAGUUCCCCACAGAAGCUCAAGAUAAUAACUUGAAAUUUUAUGAAUACAUUUAAGUAAAAGAAAUGACAUGUUUUUUAUUUGUUGUCUAAAUGUUUGACAAUAGACUUUAUAGAUAUGUUAAUCAGAUAUGUUAAAUAUAUUUUUGGAAACAAAUUAUUUAGCCUAUUGUUUUGUGAAACUAUGUGAAUUAAUUUUCUUUAGAUGAGAAGUUAAUAAGAAUAAAAUCAAAGCUUUAAGGAAUUAAUGUAACGGUGUAUUUGUCUUUUUGGUAUGGAUGGAGAAAUCUGAUUCUCUUCAGUACAACUCAAAUGCGAUAAAUACUUGUUUACUAUAGUAAAAUUUCUAGAUUUCCUAGUGUUUUUAAACCUUGCGCUAGUAUUUACAAUUCAAUUCAGUAUAGUAUACAUUAACAAAUUGUAAUUUAGGUUCUACAAUAUAACAACAGUUCACAAGUAUAGUAAAUUCUAAAGUAGCCUAUUUGGUUUAUCUUUCAAUUACCAAUUGUGUAAAGACAAUGUGUUUAAUUAUUUAGGACUUUUUAUUGAAGUCAUGAUUUAAUUUAUUACUAAAUAAACUGAAAUUGUUUGUCCUAAAUUGUUAUAGUGAAACUGCACUGCUCCCUCCCGUCCAGUGAGUGGUGCUAGAAUCCCUUUGGUUGUCAACCUUUGUGCGGUAGAUGUGCUGCUUUAACGUUUGAAAGAGGAAACUUUCGCACGUCUCUGUGUUGUUAUUGUUUACGGUUUUGGGUCUUUUUACUUAAUCGUUUAAUUACAGCGAUCUUCAUUAAGUAGUAAAAUGACUCAACUGGAUCGUUUGAACACUUUCAUGACCGAGCGCUUGAUGGAGGCUGUGAAGGAGAUCAUCCUCACUGUCGGCAGGACGGUGCGCGAGUAUGAAGAGGAAACGGAGCGAGUCCGAAGCGAAAAUAAACGGCUAAAAGAAAUGUUGCGGGACUCCGGAUGCUUCCUUGAACAAACAAAUACAGCUCUUCAGGCUUGUCAGCUUGUUUCUCCUGGACAGCCCACUUGGAUUCCCAGCCAGAAAGAGGAUCCAGAAUCCCUAAAAGAGAGCCAACAGAACCAGAGACCGAGCGAACAAUACUCGCACAUUAAACUAGAAGAGUCUGUUUACUCAGACGACACUUGGCAAGAACCUGCAGACUCACCAUCAAACAUCAACAAGGAUUCAGUCUUGUGUGUGUCUGAGACAAAUCCUGCUGAUGAUGGAGUGAUAGACUUCCCAACCAAUAUUAAAGUCGAACUUAUAAACCCUAACUGUUCAGCCGACGAUAUAGUGAACACUGAGGAUGAAUAUCAGAGUUGGUCACCAUGUAGUCCAGACCUGCCUUUAGACACAGCGGACCUCUCCAGUUCUCAACACCAAGAUCAACCAACAUACACUACCAAUGAAGCUUCUCCCGCUUUUUUAAAGCGUAGAAGUUUAUUUAGUAAUACUCGUCACAUUUCAAAUCACAACAUAUUAUGUACCAAUAGCUCUAAAUGUAACAGUAAAUGCUGUGAAUUGCAAAAAAGGACGAUAGCCAAAUCAAGCCCCGUAUGGAGGUAUUUCUCUUUAAAAGAGGGAGACUGUAGCAAAGCAGUGUGCCUUAUGUGUAAGGCUGUCAUAUCCCGAGGUCGCAAAGAGUACACCACGUCAGCCCUUCUAAAGCACCUUCGCAUGAAACAUGGUAAAUGUUGACAUCAUAGAGUUUAUCAGCAGUUCAAUCAGAAUGAAAGUCAAGCUUAUGUUUGUGAAAUUUCUGCAGAAGGUACAAAGUAAAAGUGUGGAGACUGUUAAACCAUUCACAGUCAUGUGAUGCUGGCUGUUGUGCAUCACAGGGUUUUAAAUAUAAACUUAUGUAGCAAUAUAUUGAUAUCUUUGACCUCAUUACAGGAUCAGCACUAUGUUUUUAAAGUGGUUGCUUAACCUUUUAUUCUUAAGGUGUACUGACAAGCUAAUUGUUUUAGAAUAAAAGCUACAACCCAUCAAUCCAAAUGGUGUGUUGAGACAAGAUAGACAGAAGUCCUGUAGAUGUGCCUUUAUGAUUAUACAACUCAUCUAAAAAAAAAUCAUACGUCUUGCCAGACUGUAAUAAUUUCUCCAUCUUGAACCAACUAGUAUAACUGGCCAUAUGGUUUUGUUAUAGGUAUUUUCUUAAAUAUAAAUAAUAAUUUACCAUGUGCAAAUAGCCAGGCCAAUAAAAGUGUUUUUGUCAAAAUAAUUAUUUAUUUAAAAUGAUUCAUUAUUUGUUUCUGGUUUAGCUGCAGAUCUUGUUCUUUAUUUAAACAAGAUGACCAAAACUACUGUACUGGUCAGUGCUUUUGAGUUACUGUAUUUAUUGUAAAGAAGACAUUUGAGUCCAUGCCUACGAGUUAGCUGUUUUAGACUUUCAGUCUCUGUACAUUACUGUGAAUAUAAAUGUGAGCUCCCUGGGGAAAUUAUAUAAACAUAUGAACUUAUUUGAAUAAAAA